AUGAAUUCUUUGGGUUUAAAUUGCUUUAUAAGAUAUGUUUUAUUUUUUGACUAUUAUAUAUUGGAAAAAAAGUAAUAGAAAUUCAAUAUUAUUGAAAUUAAAAUAAUGAAUUGUUAAAAUGAAUACGAUGAAGAUUUUUAUUGGGUUUUGGCUUCAACUAUAGAAUUUGAUGCAUCAGUCUUCCAUGUCCUAAUUAAAAUAUUUAAAAGAGAGAAAAUUUAAGACUGUCUAGAAUUUCUCCAAUAAAAUCAAUUACAAGUUGAUUAAAGCAUGCUAUAGGUAGAAUAUUUAUCAUAUAUUCAUAAGGAACUGAUAAUAAUUGUUGGAAAAAAUAAUAUUGAGAAAUUGUCAAAUAUUCUCGAAAAAAUUAAAAUUCAUAGUUUUAAUACACUAAAUUAUUCAAUAUCAAACUAUGAAAAAAUCAAAAAUGAUCUGAUCACAAAAAUAUCAUAAGAUAAAAGGAUCAUAAAAUUUCUAUAAUUUUUAGUUCAGCUUACUGCUAUAGAUAGAAGAUAUAUAUAGUGUGGAUCAAAUUCUCUACAUUUACUAAUUUAAAUGAAGGUUGAUUUGAAAGAAUAAUGUUUUAAAAAUAUUAAAAUUUAAAACACUUCUCUUUUAGGAGCUAAUUUUGUGAAGUGCGAUUUAAGUCGAUCUGAAUUUGACAAUGUCAUUAUUAAUGGAAUGAAUUUAACUAGAGCCAAAUUAUUUGAUUGUAAUUGGAAGAAUUUAAGAAUAAAUUAGCUCUAAGAGUAUAAUGAUCGUCAUGACGAUUAAAUUUGCUUUACUCCAGAUAAUCUGUAUUUAGCAUCAAUAAAUAAUUAGAAUUAUAUUCGUCUAUAGAAUAUUAAAACAGGAAAAAUAAAAUUAUUAUUAUAAAAAAAGGGGGUAAGAUUAAUCUGCUUCUCAUCUAAUGGCAUUAUAUUAGCUUCUUUAGGCGAUUAUAGUUUGUCUUUAUGGAAUUUUAAAGCAUGUAAAAAAAUUUCAAAAUUAAUUAAUCACACUAGCGCCUCCAAGACUAUAUGUUUUUCUGUUGAUGGUACAUUAUUAGCAUGCAGUUAGAAUUAGUCCAUAAGUUUAUGGGAUGUUGAGACAAGAUAAUAAAAAUCCAAAUUGAAUGGUCAUAUAGGCAUCGUUCAUAAAAUAUGCUUCUCUCCUGAUGGUACCACAUUAGCAUCAUAUAGUUAUGAUGAUUUUAUCCGUUUAUGGCACGUUAAGACAGGAUAAUAAAUCAGCAAAUUAGAUGAAUAUACUGGCUCUGUGGAUUCAAUGUGUUUCUCUCCUAAUGGAACCACAUUAGCAUCAUAUUGUUAUGAUAAUUUUAUCCGCUUAUGGGAUAGUAAGAAAGGAUUAUAAUAAGUCAAAUUAGAGGGUCAGUCAGGCCAGGCUUACUCCGUAGAGUUUUCUCCAGAUGGUAAUACCUUAGCCUCUGGUAGUCGUGAUAACUCUAUAAGUUUAUGGGAUGUUAAUACUGGAUAAUAAAAAGUUAAAUUAGUUGGUCAUGCAGGCAGUGUUAAUUAACUCUGCUUCUCUCCAGAUGGUACCACACUAGUAUCAAGAAGUUUAGAUUGGUCUCUCCGUUUUUGGGAUAUUAACACAGAAUUCUAAAACGAAAAAUCAGAUGGUCAUAGAUUAACUAUUCUUUCAGUUUGUUUCUCUCCUGAUGGUAGUACAUUAGCAUCUGGUAGUUGGGAUACAUCAAUUCGUUUAUGGGAUGUUAGAACAGGAUCAUAAAAAGUCAAAUUAGAGGGUCAUUCGCGCUGUGUUAAUUCAGUCUGUUUCUCUCCUGAUGGGAGUACAUUAGCCUCUGGUAGUUGGGAUAAGUCAAUUCGUUUAUGGAAUGUUAAGACAGGAUUGUAAAAAGUCAUAUUAAAUGAUCAUACAGGUUGCGUUAAUUCUGUCUGUUUCUCUCCUGAUGGCACUGCAUUAUCAUCUGGUAGCGCAGAUAAGUCAAUACGUUUAUGGGAUGUUAUGACAGGAUAAUAAAAAAUUAAAUUAGAUGGUCAUACAGGUAGUGUUAAUUCAGUAUGUUUCUCCCCUGAUGGUACUAAAUUAGCAUCUGGUAGCACCGAUAAGUCUAUUCGUUUAUGGGAAGUAAAUACAGGAUUAUAAAAACUCAUAUUAAAUGGUCAUAUGAAGAUUGUUAAUUCAGUGUCUUUCUCUUCUAAUGGCACUACAUUAGUGUCUUGUAGCUGGGAUACGACUAUUCGUUUGUGGGAUGUAGAGACAGGACAAUAAAACCGCAUAUUAAAAGGUCAUAUUAAUACUGUUUAUUCAGUCUGCUUCUCUCCUGAUGGUACUACAUUAGCAUCUAGUAGCUAUGAUAAAUCUAUUAAUUUAUGGGAUGUUGAGACAGGAUAAUUAAAGGAGAUAUUAGUUGGUCAUAGUAAUACUGUUUAUUCAGUCUGUUUCUCUCCUGAUGGUAUUACAUUAGCAUCUGGCAGUGCAGAUAAGUCGAUUCGUUUGUGGGCUAUUAAGAGAGAAUAGUAAGAAUUCAUAUUAGAUGGUCACACAGAUCGUGUUAAUGAAGUCUAUUUCUCUCCCGAUAUGACUACAUUAGCAUCCUGUAGUGCAGAUUAGUCUAUACUAUUAUGGGAUUUUAAGACAAGAUAACCAAAGGCAAUAUUAUAAGGUCAUAGAAAUUGUGUUAAUUCAGUUUGUUUUUCUUCUGAUGGUACUAUGUUAGCAUCUGGUAGUGCAGAUAACUCUAUCCGUUUAUGGGAUGCUCAGACCGGAUAAAUACAGGCAGUAUUAAAUGGACAUAGAUAAGCUGUUUAAUCAGUCUGUUUCUCUUUUGAUGGUUAAUUAUUAGCAUCAGGUAGCUGGGAUAAGUCAAUUUGUUUAUGGGAAGUUAAGACACGAAAAUAAAAAGGCAUAUUGAAAAGUCACACUGGAGAAGUCAUUUCAGUCUGUUUCUUUCCUGAUGGUUUGACUUUGGCAUCUGGUAGUGUAGAUAAAUCUAUUCGUCUAUGGGUCGUUGAGACAGGAUAAUUAAUAUCCAUAUUAUAAGGUCAUACAGGCGGUGUUAAUUCAGUUUGUUUCUCUCCUGAUGGUACUUUAUUAGCAUCUAGCAGUUCAGAUAAGUCUAUCUGUUUAUGGGUUGCUAAGACAGGAUAGUUAAAAGCCAUAUUAACUGGUCAUACAGGCAGUGUUAAUUCAGUAUGUUUCUCUCCUAAUGGUAAUACAUUAGCAUCUGGUAGCGCAGAUAGGUCUAUUCGCUUAUGGGAUAUUGAAGCAGAAUAAUAAAAAUUACAAUUUUAAGGUUUUUAUAACAAUGUUUAAUGCGUCUGUUUCUCACCUGAUGGUAUUGCAAUAGCAUCUGGCCAUGUAGAUUAGUCUAUAAUUUUAUGGGAUGUUGAAUAUUAACAAUAAAUUAAAGAGUUUAAUGAAUUCGCCUAAUUUGAAUAACCCUUUUAAAAUAAUUCUAAAACAUUUUCUUAAAUAUAUCGUAUAAAUUUUUUUUAUUAUUAGGUCAAUCUUAUCCAAUUUUUGUUCUUUCCCAAGAACCCCCUCAAAUUUCAACAUAAAGUGCUUUGAUAUUUAACUCAAGCUUUUAAAACCAUGCUGGCAUUGAUUUAAAAGGACUAUUUGUAUAAAAGGGAAGUUGCCUUUUUAAAUUUAAAUAAAGACAACCAAACUAGUCAAGAAAAAAUUGA